ACCGAGCGGGCGUGAAGCCGAAGCCGAAGCCGAAGCCGAAGCCGAAGCCGAAGCCGAAGCCGAAGCCGAAGCCGAAGCCGAAGCCGAAGCCGAAGCCGAAGCCGAAGCCGAAGCCGAAGCCGAAGCCGAGAGCGAGGCCCCGGCGCCCCCCGGCGGCGGCGCUGCCAGACCGCAGCCGCAGCCCUCCCCGUCGGCCGGCAGCGGGGCGGAGGCGGGUCUCUUCUCCUUUAAACGGGACGUACUAAACGCUGCGGGGGUGGUUAGGGGGUUCCUGAGCGCCCUGUGGUGCGUCCGGGCAGCCCGCUGGCCUGGAGGUUGUGGAGAGCGGGGGAAGCCCCGAGCCGCGCAGGGUCACCACUGCCGGGCGCCUUCCCCUCGUUUUCCCCAGCCCCCAGCUCCCCCUCUGCGGGGAGGGCGGGUAGUUCAGUCCCAACAACAUGGCCGCCACCAUGAAGAAAGCGGCUGCAGAAGAUGUCAAUGUUACUUUUGAAGAUCAACAGAAAAUUAACAAGUUUGCAAGAAAUACUAGCAGGAUCACAGAGCUGAAGGAAGAAAUAGAAGUGAAAAAGAAACAGCUUCAGAAUUUGGAAGAUGCUUGUGAUGACAUCAUGAUGCUUGAUGAUAGCGAUUCACUUAUGAUACCCUACCAAAUUGGCGAUGUCUUCAUUAGUCAUUCCCAAGAAGAGACACAAGAGAUGCUGGAGGAGGCAAAGAAAAGUUUACAAGAAGAAAUUGAAGCAUUAGAAUCCCGAGUGGAAUCAAUUCAGAGGGUGUUAUCUGACCUGAAAGUUCAGCUCUAUGCAAAGUUUGGAAAUAACAUAAAUCUUGAGGCUGAGGACAGUUAAAGGUGUUCUAAAUAUGCCAUACAACUUUUCCUUGAUUUAUUAGAUUUUUUUGAUAACAUUGUUUCCAUCACAUUUUAAAAAAAAUUCACCACUUUUUUUUUUCUGAACUUUCCUGUCUUGGGUUCCAUCUAUUUAAGGAGAGCUUUCUUAUUUUGGUUAUUGCAAUUAUUUAUUUGUUCAGGAAAGCAUUAGCUUUGUACUGUUGUAAAGCAUCAGGAUUGGAAUAUUUGCAUUGUUUAUUAAAGUAAUAAAGUCAGGCACAUAUUUGUAGUUUCCUUUGUUUUAUUUUCCACUCAUGAAAAUACUUAAGUAUAAAAACAAUAAAAAUGGAGAAUUUUUGAUUUGCACUGUAAUGCCUGUUUGAUAAAAGUUUCUCUGUAAUAUGUAGGGUAUGGUUCAGCUGUAAUGCUAUUUAGCUGUUUUUAGCAGCCUUCCUGGAAAUACUAAAUCUAUCCUUUGUCUUUCAAUCUUAGCUCAGAUAGCAUAAACACUGUUGACAGGGGAGAAAGGAGGGCUCUAGAAAGCUCGCAAUGUUAUUGAAGAAAAGCUUUUGGAGUCAGAAUCAUGUUCAGUCAUUUACUGCUUUGUAUUUGGGAAUCACAAAAGAUGCUGUAAGUCAGAAUGGUGAGUCUUAACUUCUAAUUUUCCUGAACAAUGAUUUUCUAAAUCCACGUUUUUGUAUCAAGUUAAUGUCAGAAUUGUUCAUAGAUGAUGUUGCAAUGUCAGCAUCAGUCCCUGGAACUAUGCCUCCAUUGCUAUGUGGAGUUGAAUGUAAUUUUUAAAUCUCUUUGACUCCUUACAUCCUUAAAAAAAAUUAUGUACUGUCUCACUGUAAUUCUGCUUUUGGACUUUUGCCUCCUUCUUUGAUUAAUGUAUUGUUCCAUGGAAAUACCUGCUCAUUAUGACUUUGUUUUUAAAAAAUUAAAUCUAAGCAUACUUAAAUCAUCUUUUUAAGCUAUUUUGCAAAACAGUGUGGACAGAGGAUUCAUUUGGCCAAACAUUAAUCUACAGCCAUUGUUCUUAAUAUAAAUAAUCAGAGUAUGAGAUGAGUAUAUUUUUAUAAAGUGACUAAUACCUACCUAUCGUGUCAAUUGUGUAGCAUCUCUUCUGCAAACAAUGUGAAUGUGGAGGAAAAAACCCCACUUGGUUUCUCUAUCACUGAAGUAGGUUAACAGGGUAGUGAUAUUGACCUUGAUCUUCAGUACACCUGAGCAGGAUCUUACCAGUGCAUUGUUAUUUAUGAAUUGCAGCAUUGUAACUUACAUAGUUGUUUACGUAAGUGUAUUAGCAUUGUAUAUAGGGUUUAGCACAGCCAUAACAGAAGAGUGUCUUUGACAGUGAAGAUCUAAUACCUCAACACAAGCACUUGUAUUACAUACAACGUAUAUUAACUGAUGGCUGCAAGUCUCAAAAGCUGUCCUAACGUUCUCUCUAGCCCUGGCAUUUCCCAUGUUUCUUUUCUGUAGAAUUCCAAUGGUUUAUAUGCUUUUGCUGCUGGACAUGUGUACAAAUACCCUGGUUAUUCCUGUACAGAUUUUAAACCUUGUUUCCUAACUGGUUGUGGUUUUAAUUCAAGUCUAUGCCUCAGGAAAGGGUUCAAGUUUUUCCUUGCUUCCUGAGUGAAUACUUAGGCUACUCUUAGGUAAAAUGUGGAUAUGGUAGCCAUAGCAACUCUGCUGCUGUCUGCCAGCCAGUGCUUGUAGCAAAUCAAGUGUGCUGGGCCUUCAAGAAGGUAUAGGCGUUCCUCUACAUAUUUUCUGAACCCUCCAUUCAGUUUUCUGUGUUAGGUAGGCAUUUGGCACCAAACUACUUCGAGCAGUUGAUUGACCACUUACUGUUAUUUUAGGCACUAAAGGAAUAAAGUGAUGGCCAGUUAUUUGAGAGCAGCUGAUAAGAGUAUUGUGGUCUUAGGUGACUCAGCUUUGUCUUAUCCUGCUGUAGUAGGUAACAGCUUUUAGUCCAAAACCGUGUUUUGGGACAGCGCAGUUUGAGACCUGAAUAAUGCAAGGCUACAGACUUAGGAGGUGCUGAUAUCUUGAGGCUUUUUCUAAACAGACAAAUCAUUCAUUUGGUAUGUUAAACCAAACCAUCCAAUGCACUUGUCCUUAUAAUUAUAAACCAAAAAAAAAAAAAAUGUAAAAGACUUCUUUUUCCAGGUGAAAACUAAGCUAGUGAUGGAGUUUGACCCAUAAUGAGAAGCAUCCAGCAGAUGGCAUCAAAGAACUGGGAAACCCAUUUUAUGGUAAGCCCAUGCCUAGGCUGUGAGCACCAUCGCCGAUUUUAGUAAAGUGAAACUUUGGCUGCAAUGAUCACAUUCUCAUUAAGUGGUUGGUAACACUGUAAAAGUCACUCCUAAGUGACCGCUGUGCCGUCUCUGCUGUUCUGAGCAUAUUCACAGCUGUGCAGACUGCAGGUAUUUAAAAUGAGUGUGAUUUCCAGGUAGGCCAUAGCACAAAUAUGGCUUCAUUACAGAAAACAAAAAGGCAGCUAGUACAGUUUAAUGAUUCCAGUAGCAGCUAUAAAGCCAAUGAGGACCUUAGUUCAGUAAAGGACCAAAGGGAGAAUGCUGCCAAGGUGUGGAAAACUUGCAUUAUCCCUGCUGUUCUUUGCUAUGCUAGAAGUGGAAUUGUCCAUAUAUACAGCCCUGGUGGUUAGGGAAUAGAAGGCUGUUAGAUUGUUCUUGUGAAUGCCAAAGGUCUUUCCUCUCUGGUCCUUUUAGUUUGUUUUGUGACCCCGUUCCCUUAUUUUCUUUCUUUUUUCUGGUUAUGAUGGUCUUGGUGUAUUUUAGCCCAUUUAACUAGGCCUUCCUGCACUACUAGAGUUUAGGGUUUUAUGUGUGUGAUGCGUCUUUCCUGUUUGCUUAGUCCUGCUACAGCCUUGAAAAUCUGGGUGUCUUUUUGCACAUGUAAUGUCCAGUUUCCUUGUAUAGUUAUGGUGUUUGCAAGCCAGGCAAGUAAUUAUCCAACAAACCUUUUCAGAUUAGUCCCUGGAUUUCUGUAUUUUACAGAACUAUGGUCCCAGGCUAUCAUUUUGUAUUUUUACACGUGUAAAAUAGAACAUGAAGGAAACUCUGUUUUGUUCUUAAGUUGUCAUUGUAGAAAUUGAUUUACAGAUCGUCCAUCAGUUGCUUGAAAGUAUUUAACAGAGUCCUAGUUUUUCCUUUUGAUAACCUUUCUCCUCCCUAGUGAAUAUAUGCAAUUGUCUUUCCGUUGGCAUUUAUUCUGUUUAGCGCCACAUCUUCUAAGUACUUUUUAUUUUUGGUAGAUUUGAAAUUUCUGUUGUCUCUAAUCAUGUUUGUCUUACAGUUAUCUUCUUCAGAUAGCGUAAGUCCAUGAAAAAAACCUGAUCCUUUGUGCACUGCUGUACGUCAUGAAUCAUUUAGCUGCACUUGACAAUGUACAGUUUUUAAUAGCGUUGUCAGAAUGCAAAAAGUUUACUGUCAUUCUCUGUAUUGUCAAGGGAGCCACAUUUGUGAAGCACUUCAAAGAUGAAAUGCACUGUAAAAGUGCUAAGUGUUAUUUUAAUUUAAGGGCUUCAUUUAGAGCGUUGGGCCAGUGAUCUUGUAUUCUCUCUUAGUGAUUGAAUUAUCUAUUCAGCUUCAUCUUUGUAUUAAAAUACAGUUUCCAUACUGUUUUUGUAUUUUGCAAAAGUCAUAUAUUUUGCAAAAGUCAUAUAUUUUUGUAUUUUGCAAGUCAUAGAGCCACCAGUGGCUGCCUUUUCACUUGGUUGCAGCAAUUAAAGCAGGUAAACUAGCAAAACUGCAGCCAGUGAAAUAUAGCUUAUUUCAGUGCAUGAUGUCAAGGAGACUUAACUUACCAGUUUUUCAAAGUAGUCCGCUAAGAACUCUGUAAAACAGAGUAGGACACAAUUAUUGUACUUACUGUAUUUUCAGGGGCUUGUUUGUGAUUCCAUAUCUUGUCAGCUCAUAUAAAAAUGUUUUCCACAUGAUGAUCUCUAGCAUAACCUUCUCCAGUGGAACCUUCAUUAUUGCUCAUCGCUUUUGUAUAGAAGAUCCUUGGAUACCAUUACACUCCAUAAUAUAAAUGUGGUUGAUAAUUAUUCAAUAAUUAUAGGAAGUGGUGUGUAGCCGAAGUACAGAUAAUUUUGUGGUAUUAACUAUCACUUCAAAGAGCAAAAAGGGAUUGAAUGCUGAAUAUAAAGCCAUAUUUUCUGUAGGAGCAACAAAAUUGAGUAGUCUGGUUUGCAUGAGUCAGUGGUUCAGAUAAAUUAUCUAAUGUUAUUUUAAUAGUCUGAUUCAUGAAAGAGAAAAAAAAUGUGGAUUAUAUAGGCAUGAUAAGACAGAAAUUAUUUGCAACCAAGUUUGUCCUUAUAUUGGUUGUAUGAGUCAUACAGAAAAACAAAUUAUUUGUAAUUAAAUGUUAGCUGCUGAUCAGACUGCACAGAAUGCAGUGCACCAAACAUGGGCGUAAAUGGCUAUGAAGGAUUCCAUCAGCAAAAGGUGAAACAGGUUUACAGUUAAGGGGGACUGCAUCCAGCUGUUCAAGAGAUGUAAUAAAAAAUUACAAACCUGAGUUGAACAUUA